AACAUGAUUAUAUGUUACAACGGAUUGCCAUACAGCGGAAAAGGUUGAUCCAGAGGCUUUUAGCCGCUGUUCGUCACUUAAAGUCUAGGCCUUCCAACGGACUCCUAAGGAUAUAUAACCUUUGAGUUUUUGUUAAAUAAUCACGAAAAUGCCCACGAUAAAACUACAGAGUUCUGAUGGGGAAAUUUUCGAGGUAGACGUUGAGAUAGCCAAACAAUCCGUCACCAUCAAGACCAUGUUGGAAGACUUGGGAAUGGACGAUGAAGGAGAUGAUGACCCAGUUCCCCUUCCUAAUGUGAACGCGGCUAUCCUGAAGAAGGUGAUUCAGUGGUGCACUCAUCACAAAGAUGAUCCUCCUCCUCCCGAGGAUGAUGAGAACAAAGAGAAAAGGACGGACGACAUUCCCGUCUGGGACCAGGAGUUCCUCAAAGUGGACCAAGGCACCUUGUUUGAACUCAUUCUGGCCGCCAACUAUUUGGACAUCAAAGGCCUGUUAGACGUCACUUGCAAGACGGUGGCCAAUAUGAUCAAAGGCAAAACCCCAGAGGAGAUCAGGAAGACGUUCAACAUCAAAAACGAUUUCACGGAGGAGGAGGAAGCCCAGGUACGCAAAGAGAACCAGUGGUGUGAAGAAAAGUAAAAGGGAAGAUGCUGCCAACACUACCACACUGAAACGAUCUGUAACUGGUUGCACUGGCGAUGUUCAUACUUGUUAAUAUUUUAGUAUAAUUACCAUCCCCCAGCUUAUUAUUUCUGUGUACCAAUAAAAGCAUGAACAUUUAAUUCUGACCUGUAUGGUGUCAUUAAUUUAAAGCUGAAACGCUUGUUACCGUUUCCACUCAUGAAUAUAAUUAUAUUCAUGGUUUCAUGGCUUUGUAUUUCCCUCUAAAACAUAAAAAGCUACAUUUUUCGUAUCCUUGUUCUUUUUCUAUGGCAAUGUUUUCUUUUAGAUAAUUAAACAACCUUCACUUUUUUGCCGAUGGAAACAGGAGGGUGAAUUGUUUUUGCUCUGUAAAUGUAUCGGUUUUGUGAACUUGUGUAUAAAAAUGAGCUGUUUGAAGGCGGAACGAUGUCCAUCAUGCAGAGCGAGUUCCAGAUUCAUGUUUUGACACUGGAAACUUUGAGGAAAUCCACAUUGAAGGAGUAAAUAAAACCUGUUCAGAGAG